AUGGGCGGACCAGCUAAUGUUGAGAAUCUGAAUUUGAGGACUUACCAGGAUGAAGAUGUACUCGAUGAAUUGGGCCUGGUACCUUCUUCGCCUCGGCGUUGCCAGGAGCACGGAACCUUGAUUCAGAGCCUCCGGAAAGACAUUGCGUCACUCGAGAAGAAACAUCUGGAUACGGAGGCUGCUUUGAGAGCAAGUCAAGACGGGUAUCAGACUCUCGAAGAACACGAUAACAGCCUUCAGGCCGAGAUCGAAUAUCUCCAGGGACAGAAAACAAGCUGCCAAAAUGCCCUCGCCAAAGCAAAGAGCGAGAUGGAGAUCCUUACGCUGAGGCUCGAAAUAAAGGAGUUGGAAGAGGACUUGUCGUCCAGGGGAAAGACCUCACUGGGCCCAAAGAAUGAGCGCGGCGCUGAGGACAACUGGGAGACCAUGCGGACAUACCUUGAAGAGUCGCCGGAGCUCUUUGAGCUGGUCAAGAAAAGGGCUGCCGACGGUAUAGGAAAGGCCAAAUCCCUCUCCAAGCCGGAGAUGAAGAAACUGGAGCUAUUCUUCUCCUUCAUGGACAAGAAGAACACCGCUCAAGAGAAAUGUAUGAGGGCACUGGGGCGAGACGAUCCGGACAAGGAAAAGCUGAGGAGAGCGGAGAAGUUGAAAACUCUGCACAAAGAGUACAUGGAGAGGUUCGAGCAGCACCGCCUGCCCCUUUCUCCCUUCGGGCGACUCCAUGUCCUACGAGCCCUGGUCCUCUUCAAGACCCAAGGCGUGACCGAGGAGUUUGCAGAGGCGGUAUACCUCGCCGACGAGCUCGGCAUAGGCGUCGGCCCAGCAUCCGCUCCUUCAAAGCAGCUCUUGGGCUAUCUACACGACGAGUUGACGCACGCAGGUAUCGCUGUGCAGUCAGAACCACGAUCCUCAAGACGUGGAGGCGGUCAAUCUACUCGUCUCUAG